UCCAGCACUCCACAUUUCACUUCACCUACCGCUUAUUAAAUACAUGUGUUUAAUUUAAACUUGUGCACUUUGUAGGAUACAAAAUAAUGCGUAUUCACACUAUAUAGUGCACUUUACAUUCUAUAGAUAACAAUUUGGAACUGAAACCGUGUUUGGUAAUACAGUACUGACUGUACUGCAAUAUUCUCAAGUCGUUGCUUAUAUUUAUUCCGUUAGAGAAAUAGUUAUAUAGUUAAGAUUCACCAGAGGGAAAAAAUACAAGUCUUUUGAUAAUAGCAUGGAAAUAACAUCUGAUGAAGCCGAAGACUGGUUUAUGCAGUCCUUAACUCUCUACAAGGACUUGCAUGUAUUUCAGCUCGAGCAUCCAACGAAGACCAUUGAGUGGACUGGCGAAAAAAGUAUUUGUGUUGCAGGCUACUCAGACUCGGAGAAGAAUGAAAUUUUAGAGCUGCUGUUGCCUUUGAAAUUGUAUGCAAAGGAGAACCAGGGCCUCUGUCCAGAGCGGGACUUUAAAUUGCAGCGUGGGGGAUUCAGUGAUGAGCCAGUCGAGUGCCUGAGACGCAUCUUUGGUAAACGAUGUGUGGUGACUAGUGGACGCCAUAAUUCCAAUCUACAGGUCUGGGACAUUGGAGAAGAUAAUAGUGAUGUUAUCAGGAGGACAGGAAUUAUAAACUGCAGUCCCGCAUCAGCUACAACCAGAAAGCUUGCUUCUGGUUUCACCGAAGUUCCUUCUGUUCUUCAUGGCUCUACAAUAUGUGAUGUUCAGCAGACUGAAGUAGCCUCAGGACGAACACUUUACGCAGUAGAGACAGACUCAUCAGAUGUAGUGAGCGGUCUACAGUUUGUGAAUGCCAAUACUUUUGCCAUUUGCGCAACUAAUGGCACUCUAUAUAUGGGAGACUCAAGAGAUCCAAAGAUACAUGAUUAUGCUCUCUCAAAGACUACAGCUGGCUCACAUUGGGCUUUUGGAUUAAGGACAUCUGACCCACAGAAUGAUGCUGCCUCAUGCACUGUAGUAAGACUUUCCUCCAGUGGUCAGAUAAUCAUGUCUGAUCUCCGAAACCUAAACACACCAACAGGACAAGCUCAGCUUAACCUGAAGCAAAAUGAUUCCAGCAAUGAGCUUCUGACAGUCACAUGGGCUCCUGCCCUAGGUAACCAUCUUGCGGUUUCAGGAUUUGAUGGCUUAGUGCAAAUCUAUGACACAAGAAGCUGGAGCAUGGAAUCAGAACCGCCUCAGCCCAUUUUUGUGCACCAAGGUCAUGAGUUAUCAUGUGAAGAAAAGACUGAUGCCACUCUUGUGGUCACUACUCAUGUGUGGCAUCCAUGGCGACCAAGAACUUUGCUCUCUGCAGCUUCAGAUGGAUCUGUACAUGUCUGGGACUGGGUUGAUAAAAAUAAUGAGACGAUUGAAAACUGACAAAUGAUAAUUUGAUCCCUUUUCUAUUUAAAGGACUAUUCAAGUUAGAAUUGAAACCUGUGUAAUUAAACUUUUGUGCUAUAGAACUUAAAUUUCAAUAAACUAUGAUUGAAAUUUAGUUUGAUUCUGUUUAUACACAAACAAAUAUCUUGUAUUUAC